AUGUCCCAAAUACCCAGUGAAUUGGUGCAGAGUGUUUGUGAAGUGACAGGAACAACUGAGGCGGAGGCAAAACAUCUACUCUCCGCUUGCAAUAAUGAAGUGGAUGCUGCAGUUGCGUUGUUUUUCGAAGGUGGUGGUACCAGCCAACUGGCCAGUGAUGAUGCCAAUUUACCGCUGAUCGGUGGCGAUGAUGAUGGAGUGCGGGCACCCAUUGCUCCGAUACGUGAACAACUGAUCGGACCGGAAGAUGAUAAUUUUUAUGCUGCUGCACCACCACCACGAUUGCGUAGCACAAGGCGUGUUAAGGUCUGUCCACUACGGGAUUUCGCCCGGGAGGGUGCUCUCAUGGAGGAACAGUUGCAGCAACAGGAGGCCGGCAGUUAUGUGGCCUUGGAUAAUCUGUACGAGACGGCGACGCAUAGUCGCAGUUCGUCGCGUAGAAAUCGGGCAGCAGAUAUGGUUGCGGCUGCCCAAAUGGCUGAACCGAAAAAGAGCCGUUUGGAGGAUUUGUUUCGACCACCAACAGACAUUGCAUUUGCCGGUAGCAUGCAGGCGGCUAGAAGUCGUGCCGAGGCACUGCAUCAAUGGUUGCUGGUGAAUGUUCAAAGUGAUAAUUUCGAUUCACAGCUAUUAAAUAGGGAUGUGUGGUCGGACAAGGCAUUGCGAAAGCUGAUGAAGAGGCAAUUUCUGCUGUGGCAGGUCGAUGGCGAUUCUUCGGAGGGUCGACGUUUUGUGGCCUUUUAUCAUUGUGCCAAAAUUCCAUAUGUGUGUGUUAUUGAUCCCCGCACGGGUGAGGAGAUGUGGAAGUGUCCCAAACCCAAACAGGCCACCGUAUUGCUAAAUGAACUCCAGCAAUUCCUGGUGGAACACAAAGACUUUAGCCAAGAACUAGCUGAUGAUUGUGGUCCAUCAACUUCCAAUAAACGUUCAGCCACUGCCAUUUGCCUGGAUAGCGACGAUGAUAAUGAUGACGGCACUAAUGCCAAGGCUAGUAAAUAUAAUGCCGAUGCUGAUGAAGGUAAUUCCAAUGCCAGCAGCGUUUCAUCGGUGAAGUCCGGUGGGAAAAAUCCGAAGAAACGUAAUAAAAUAAUGGAACUCUCGGAAGAUGAACAAAUUGCCUUGGCCAUACGUAAUUCCAUGAAGGAAAAUGGUGGUGCUGGUAAAAAUCGCAAAAAGAAUGGCAUCAUCGAUGAAGAUGACAGUGACGACGAGGACAAUGAUGAUGGCGAAGAUGCCGCCAGUGAGUUGGGCAGUGUGGAGGAGUUUAACGAAGACGAUACUAAGGCUGCCUGUGAACGUACCUCCUACGAGGAACAAUUGGGCGCAAAUAAAUCCGAACUGACCAUGCUGAAGUUACGUGUGAUCAAUGCCGAAGGUGCCGAUGAAGUCGUACAAUUACGUUGGCCCUCCGAUACCAAAGUGGAGGUACUACACUCCUACAUACGACAAUGUCAUUCGCAUAUUCCAAAAGCUGGCUACAAGCUAAUAUGUGCUUUUCCUCGAAAAACUCUAGAAUCGGAACAUAAUGCGUGUACACUGAAGGAAAUCGGUUUGCAUCCCUCUGCCAAUUUACACAUCACCCUAGAUGAUUAA